AUGGCCCAGAAUCACAGUCAGACCGCUCGUUCGCGACAAACAACUACCAACGACACAUCUGUUCGUGGUCGACAAGCCACAACAGAGUCAAUGGUCGACAAGUACCAUAAGCUAAAGAGGAAAUACAAAGAUAUACAGCAGGUCGCAGAUAAUGUACGAAGUGAUUUGGAACGUGCAAAGAAACGCAUUCGAUCUUUGAAACGGGAAAAGGAUCUUUUGCUUGAACGGCUGACAAAAUUCGAAGACUCGGAAGAUGACAGUCUUAUUUCAUCAGAUAAUUCUAUACCAGCAUCAGACAUUGAAUCAUCUGAAACCGAAACAAGUUCGCGAGCAUCUUCACAACGCCCACCAUCAUCAACAGCAUCUUCGCAUUUGACAAUCAAGAAACCUCGCUCACGCACGACUGCAUCUUCACAACAAGCUGCAAAGAAACCAAAUAUUACUACAAAUAUCGUUCCCAUCCCUCCGCCAGCAGUGACCAAACCAAAACGUGCGAGCAAACGACCAGUCAGUACAAAGACUAUGAAAGUGCAGCAUGUGGAAAAAGACGAAAAUGGACAUUACAAAUUACCAGUACAAAUUGGAAUUUUAACAGUGUUGCAUUUGGGAACAGUCGUUUGGGAUCGAAAUACUUUUCACAACGAACGGUACAUCUGGCCCGUUGGGUAUGCUGUCAAAAGAAUGUAUAAUAGUAUGAUCAAUCCAGAAGCACAGACCAUGUACACUUGUAAAAUCGAAGAUGGCGGAGAGAGUCCUAGAUUUGUGAUAGAAGCCGAAGACCAACAGGGCAAACCAAUAAUUGCAAACACGGCCACAGGCGCAUGGACGACCGUAGUGCGCGAAGCCAACUCUAUCCGUCAUCGCGACCAUUCUAAUUCUGCAUCUGGCCCUGAUUAUUUUGGUUUCUCUCAGGCAACCAUUCGGAAAAUGAUACAAGAUCUUCCGAAUGCACGCAAAUGCAAGAACUAUGUUGUGCAGAAUUUCGAAGUAAUGAAAACACGAAAUGGAGGAAGAAGACGCGGUGUGGGGAAAGUGAAUGGUGUUGCGAAUGGUGUAAAGGCCGACGAGAAGGGAGAAAAUGGUGUUGGAAAUGGAGAUGGAAUAGCCGGGAGUGGGCGUGUGAGUAGUGUGAGCAGUCCUGACGGAGAUGUUGUUAUGAGCGAAGUUGAAGAAGAGAGUCCCGAGUAA